AGAAACCAUUCUAGCCAAUAACAACUCAACACCUCUGAUCUCUCUGUCCCUCUCCCUCAAUUGCUUUCUGCCAUUUCAGAUCUCUCUCUCUCUCUCUCUCUCUCUCAUAAGUACAGUAUAAAGACCAAGCAAAGUAAAAGCUUUACUUCUUUAUUAAGCUCAAUCACUGCCCCUAAUUCUGCUUCUCUUUAAAUCUCCCACACUUUUACUCAGAUCUCUCCCCCCUCUGCUGUCUGUUUUCUAUAGGAGUCUUGCCCAGUGAGUUUGAACUCUGAAGAAGCCUUCAAGAGAUCUGCUUUUUUUCUUCAACAGUUUCUUGAAAAUUUUUUCCUUGGGGUUGGGAAAGUUGGGUGGUCUUUUCUGGAUUCCUCACCUCAUAUUUAUGUCAAAAGAAGUAUUCAUAUUCCUAUUCCUAUCCUUUUUCCUUCAAAUGCCUUAGCUUGUUGAUUUAUAUUAUUCUGGUCAGACCAUUAACCAUAGAAACCUCCCCUUUCAUUAUCCCCUCCCCACCCCCACUAUUCAUUUAUGAUUUAUAUACAUAAACAUCCCCAGAAGAGCUGUAAUGAACAGUGAAGAAUGAGCCAAGAAAUGGGAAUUCUCUCAUCUGAAACAUAUCUCAGUGACUCCAACUGGCUGUUCGAUGAGGCGAAGGCCUCGAAAUGGACCGCGGAAGAGAACAAGAGGUUUGAGGAUGCACUGGCCUUGUUUGAUAAAGAUACCCCAGAUCGGUGGCACAAUGUGGCAGCCAUGAUACCUGGAAAGACUGUGAAUGAUGUGAUCAGGCAGUAUAGGGAAUUGGUGGCGGAUGUUAGUGAUAUUGAGGCAGGGCUGAUACCCAUUCCUGGGUAUGCAACUAGUCAUUCUUUCACAUUGGAGUGGGUGGAUAGCCAUUCCCAUGGCGGAUAUGAUGCUUACAGGCAGUUCUAUGCUCCUCCUGGGAAGCGCAGCAAUUCCAGCCGUUCUUCUGAUCAUGAAAGGAAAAAGGGUGUUCCCUGGACUGAGGAAGAACACAGGCAAUUUCUGCUGGGGCUGAAGAAGUAUGGGAAAGGGGACUGGAGGAAUAUAUCUCGAAAUUUUGUGACUUCCAGAACUCCAACUCAAGUUGCCAGUCAUGCCCAGAAAUACUUUAUCAGGCAGCUUUCAGGAGGGAAAGAUAAAAGGAGAUCAAGCAUACACGAUAUCACAACAGUUAAUCUGUCAGAAACCAAGUCUCCUUCCCCAGAAAACAAUAUUAACAGUUGUUCCUCAGAUAAACCUGCGGCUCAAGUUAUAACUACUCCUCCUCCUUUGUCGAAUAAUCAUGGAGGAGUGAGCAUUACAUUCGAUUCUCAAUAUGGCAGCUUGAUAACUGCAACCGCUGCAACUUUCCAAGGGACAUCAUCGUACGGACUAAAUCUGCAUGAACAUAAUAAUAUGCAGUACAACAACAACAACAUUAAUCUGCAUGGUCUGCAGUUUCAGAUGCAACCAGAAUGACUGCUUCAUCAUCAUCAAAUUAAACCGGGUGGAGGCCGGCCUAAUUCGAUCAGAGCUGAGGUAUAUAUAUAUAUAGAUGUGUGAUGUGUGUCACUGUCUGUAAUAGUACAUACAAUUCAGUAUAAUGGCCUUAUAAUGUAAUAUGUUCAUCCCAAAUUGAUGACAAGCAAACACAAGAGCUCCAACUGUUAAAAACUCAAAUCUUUAAGUUCACUGAUGAGAGAGAGAGAGAGAGGGUAGCAUUUGGAGGAGGAGCUCAGCUUCAAGCUGUCAUCCUCAUUUUCACUGCUCCAAAGGGUGUUCAUCAAGAUUGAUUAGCAGGAAGCCCAUCACUGCAUUUUUUUUUUCCUUUUUUUAUCCCAGAUUUUUGUUUGUUUGGUCCACAAAUGGCCUUAAA